AUCACCUGUAUCGUCUCGACGUCUCUUACAGAGCUCGUUCCUCGCACUUCGUGUGAUUGAGUUCUUCAGUGUUGCUCUGUGGCUACGAGCCUACACAUGAUCUAUCAAAAUAAUCAAAACGUACACAGAUUAGCUCAAUCCACGGGAAAGAAAGAGGUAAAAAGUGCGAGAAUCCCACGAGUGGCUCUUAUCACCGAUCAACAGCACAAUAGGUCUUUACUCUUUACCCCUCAAAGCCUCAAGCAUGACAAUCGCGUCCACGCCCUUUGACGUUGUCGAAGAUGCUGAUGUCAUCCUUCGAUCUUCCGAUAACGUUGAAUUCUUUGUCCUGAAAGCCUUUCUCUCCUUCGCUUCCUCUUUCUUCAAGCACAUGUUCUCGGAUGGUAAUCCAGAUGAAAUUAAAAACGGUUUACCUGUCGCUCCAGUAGUAGAGACAGCAAAAAUUAUCCGAAAACUUCUUCUCUUCUGCUAUCCCGGCGAGCCUCCACUAUUCGAAGACGUCCAGGAGGUCACAGAACUCCACGAGGCUGUUUCCAAGUACUGUAUGGACAGUGUCGAGAAACGCAUUCAGAAAUCCCUCCUCAAAUCACCCCUCAUUCUUCAGGAGCCUGUGCGUCUCUUCGCCAUCUCGGUUCAUUAUGGUUGGCGAGAAGUAUGUGAGGCAGCCGCUAAGAACACCCUUUUUCAUCCCGCCAGUGAUCAUCCAUCCAUCAAGGAGCUUAGGCUGAUCACAGGUCUCGAUUACCGGCGCUUACUGGAUUACCAUAAACGAUGCAGCGCCGCUGCUGAAACGACAGUGCAGCGCACGUCUUCCUCGAGGCGCAACAUGUAUUGGAGAGGAAUACCUGAACCUUCAUCUUCGUGGUGGUGCGCUGGCUCUCCGUGCUGCUCAGAUGCACGUUCUAGCGGGUGUUGGGUGUCUGUGGCACCGUGGAAGGAGUAUCAUGUCCAUCUGUGGUUGAUGCGGUACUUCGAGGAUGUAGCAGAGAGGCUGAAGGAACGACCUAGGGGGAAAACAGUGAUGGAUGAUGAUAUUGUGAACAGGUUGCUUAAUAAUAUUAACUGCGCACCGUGCAAGGCGACAAUGGUAACGGAAAUGCGUAUUCUCACGGAUCGACUGUCGUUCGAGGUGGAAAAAGUGAUUUCGCAGGUCCCGCUUGAAUUGGAUCUACCUUCAUCCUCGAAUAUGUAGACUACUUUCAAACUUUACUGGGUUUCCUAUAGAUUUUCCACAUAGCAUAUGUACAUAAUCAGUGAUAUGACGAUGACACGGAAGCUGAUCCGAGGCAAGCCGAUCAUGUAGUCUAAACUUUUAUCCUGUU